AACACUGCCUCUCGUUCCGUUCUCCCGUUUCAGCUGAACGAUCAAGUUACGUGGCUAGGGAAAUGUUGCAGUGAAGAGAGAGAGAGAGAGAGAGAGAGAGAGGCGGAGAGAGAGAGAGAGACUGCAGCAUCAUUUCAGAUCAGGCAGAAAGCAAGCCACGCGCGCACAUGCAGUGCAGUAGAACGUGCAGGUGAGAGAAAGAAAGAGAGAGAGAAGGCGUGCGUGGAGAAUGAACGAUAGAAUGCAGGACUCUUGGAAAACACGCAUUUUCUCUCGGUUCAUGACCGAAACAUCCUCGCGAACGCACAAGGAAUUAUAAUUGACCGGUUUGUUGACUUCGGGAUCUCUUUUGCCUUUUAAAAAAACAAAACAAGGGUUGCUGAUGUGAGCGAGCUCCGGUUUACGGUUUAGAUUAUUAUUCCGUCCCGAGAAGUGGCUGUGAAAAGCACUAUUGUCUUGUGAAGUUCCGCGAAGGCAUUCGACCAACUGCUUGGCACGUUGCUUCACUGCGGGGAAAAAAAAACACACGCGUAGUUCAGACUCAUACCGGAGAGCGAGAGGUAAGAAACCACAAUUAAACUCUAAACGAUUACCGGACGAUAUCAAAUACUUUACUUUUGAACCGAUUGUGUUCCGCUUUGUGGAUGUAAGUAUUUUUUCACAACAUUAGUGAUUCGGGGUCCCGAGACAGAGUCGUGUACAGUUUUCUUUGUGGAAGUGCUGCAUUGCAGUUUCUCUUCAACUCGUCAAAACCGCCGAGAGAGCCCCCUCGGUCCCCCGGAACGCGACCGGAAUUAAGCGAAAUUACUAACGGACUAAUAUAACUGAUACGAGAGUCCUCAAGAGAGGGAGAAACGGAAUACGGUCUCCAUCAUAAAAAGAGAGAGAGCGAGAGAGAGUCAAGUGGAUUAAUUAAUAACGUGAGUGGAUGAUUUGGAUUUCUCUCUUCUUGCUGGAUGGAUUUGCUGAUAUCUUUGUGCUCUGAACAUCCCAGAGAGACUUAGAGGAAGUUUAUUUUUAAACCCUCAACAAUAAAGAUAAAGACAAAAGAAUAGAGAAAACAGACAUCCUGACUGAAACAGAGAUAUAGAAACCGAUAGUCACAUUAACGACAGAGAGACUGAUCUGCAGUGUGUUAUUAGAGUGCUGUAAAGCUUUCCUGUACCCCAGGCAGUGGAACUGCCAAGAGAGAGAGAGAGAGAGGGGGAGAGAGGGAGGGGGAGAGAGGGAGGGGGAGAGAGAGAGGGUGGAAGAGUGAGAGAAAGAGAGGGAACAAAGAUAUACAGCCCAGAUAGACACAUUAACGACAGAGAAGGAGGGAAAGGUAGAAAUAUAGAUCCCCAGAGACAGGAAAGAGAGACUGAGGAAUAGAGAGAGAGAGAGAGGAAAGAGACAGGGAGAGAGAGGAAUAGAGAGAGAGGGGGAUAGAGAGGGAGAGAGAGAGAGGGAGAGAGAGAGGGGGAGAGGAAAGGCGGGAGCCAUGCGGAGGACAGGGGUAGGUGUCUGUGGUGGAGCAGUGUUCUCCUGCUCGGUAACGCUAACUGGACCGGGGGAGUUGUUCCACCUCCUAGUCCUUCUCCUACUAACGAUGACUCAGCUCCCGGUCGCUGACUCGGCUCUCCGUUACCGGGUGGCUGAGGAGGGCCCCGCAGACGUUAUGAUCGGCAAUGUGGCUGCCGACCUCGGCCUGUCCGCGGGCACCGGCUCCGGAGAUGUCACAUUCGCCCUAGAGAGCGGCUCGGAGUUCUUCAAGAUUGAUAACGUUACCGGGGAGCUGACUACCGGGCAGCGGAGGAUUGACCGGGAGAAGCUGUCCCAGUGUCAGAUGAUCUUCGAUGAGAACGAGUGUUUCCUGGACUUCGAAGUGUCUGUGAUUGGUCCGCUCCAGAGUUGGGUGGAUCUCUUUGAGGGCCGUGUGGUCAUCACCGACAUCAACGACAACACUCCCUCGUUUCCGUCGUCGGUGCUGACAUUAUCUGUCGAGGAGAACCGUCCAAUAGGCACGCUGUAUCUGUUACCCACGGCGACGGAUCGCGACUUCGGGCGCAAUGGGAUUGAUCGUUAUGAGCUGAUUCAAGAUGGCAGCUCUUCCGGGUCGGCGGGGUCAGGGUUGGGGUCAGCGAGGAGAGCAGCCGGAGGGCCAAUGGGAAGAGCGGAUGGAACAGGAGGAGGAGGGGAUAGGAGGAGAGGAGCAUUGGAUAACAACGGAGGAGGUGCAGGAGGAGGUGUGAGGAGCAGUGUGUUUGAGCUCCAGGUCGCCGACACGCCCGACGGCGAGAAGCAACCACAGCUGAUCGUGAAAGGCCCUCUGGACCGUGAAGCACGCGACUCGUAUGAGCUGGUUCUACGGGUCCGGGACGGUGGCAACCCUCCUCGCUCUUCCCAGGCACUCCUCCGUGUCGCCAUCACCGAUGUCAACGACAACAGCCCACGCUUCGAGAGAGCCAUCUAUGAGGCCGAGAUGGCGGAGAAUGCGCCUCCCGGAACCCCCGUCCUCCAGGUGCGCGCGUCGGACCGCGACGUCGGCGUCAACGGACAGGUGGAGUACGUCUUCGGCGCUGCCACGGAAUCUGUCCGCCGUCUUCUCCGACUGGACGAGGCUACCGGUUGGCUGAGCGUCCUCCACAGGAUUGACCGGGAGGAAGUGGCCCAGUUACGGUUCACGGUUACGGCAAGGGAUCGUGGUCAGCCGCCGCGCACCGACCGGGCGACCGUAGUCCUGGUGGUCCGGGAUGAGAACGACAACGUUCCGGUCGUGGAGAUCAGGAAGAUCGGACGGAUUCUGGUGAGGGACGGAGUGGCGCUGGUACCGGAGAAUGUUCUGGUGGACACGCCGGUGGCGCUGGUUCAGGUGUCAGACCGGGACCAGGGGGAGAACGGAGCGGUAACCUGUACGGUGGUCGGGGAUGUACCGUUCACCCUGAAACCAGCGGGAGAGACGGCGCUCCUGCCACUGCCCGCGGACGACGCCUUCGACAGAAACCGUAAGAAGUAUUUUCUCCACACGUCGGCCCUGUUGGAUUACGAGGCCACCAAAGAGUACAGCGUGACCAUCGUGGCAGUCGACUCCGGUUCCCCGUCUCUCUCCAGCAACAGCUCUCUCAUGGUCAGGGUAGUGGACAUCAACGACCACACUCCUGCCUUCGCCCAGGCCGUGGUGGAGGUCCACUUUGCCGAGAACAACCAACCAGGAGAGCGUGUGGUCACCGUGGUUGCGGCGGAUGCCGAUUCCGGAAAGAAUGCAGAGAUUGUGUAUUCGUUGGAUCCGUCCGUUAACGGCCUGUUCUAUAUUGAUGCUGAUAAUGGGGAUAUCCGUGCGACGGGGGUUCUGGACCGGGAGGUCAGGGAGAGGUACGAGUUCCAGGUGAUCGCCAGGGAUAAGGGAUUCCCCUCGCUGCAGGGGUCGGCCACGGUGGUAAUCAUGGUGACCGACCGCAACGACAACACUCCGAAGUUCGUCCAGGAAGUGUUCACGUUCUACGUGAAGGAGAACCUUCUUGCCAACAGCCCAGUCGGCAUGGUAACGGUAACAGACGCGGAUGAGGGUGAGAACGCGGAGCUGAGUCUUUUCGUAGAGAUGGAGGAAGAAGAAGGAGAAGAGGUGGAGGGAGGAGGAGGAGGAGGGGAGAAGAACAAGGGAGUAGGAGAGGAGGGAGGAGGAAGAGGAGGAAGAGGUGAAGACACGUUCUCCAUAGAGAACAACACAGGGACGAUCUUCUCCUCCGUGGCCUUUGACCGGGAACGCCGUUCCACCUACACCUUCCGCGUCCGGGCCAUCGACGGCGGGGCUCCGCCUCGCUCCGCCACGGCGACAGUCUCCCUCAUCGUAACUGAUGAGAACGACAACGCCCCCUCCGUGACCUCGCCCACCAACGAUUCCUACACCCUCCUCCCCCCGGCCUCCUCCACCCGGACCAUCGUCAGAACCGUGGCCGCCUCGGACUCGGACUUUGGCCGCAACGCUGACCUGCGCUUCUCCCUGGUAGGAGGGAACCCCUUCAGGCUGUUUGAGAUCGGCCUGGCCAGUGGAGUGAUCACCGUGGCAGAGCCCCUAGAGAGGAGACACAGGGGGCUGCAUCGCCUGGUGGUCAGGGUCAACGACAGUGGAGAGCCAUCGCUCUGCGCCACCGCGCUUGUCCACGUCUUCAUCAACGAGAGUCUGGUCAACGCUACACUGGUGGACGCACAGGUGGCUCGUAGUCUGGCCGCCCCUCUCUACCUGGACAUCGCGGGCGACCCCGACAGCGAGCGAGCGUUGGGGAAACAGCGCCUCUCGGUGGCCAUCGGUGUCCUGGCGGGCGCCGCGGCAGUCAUCCUGGUCAUCCUCCUAGUGGUGAUGGCCCGCCAGUGCGGCGCCCAGGGCAAGAACGGAUACGAGGCCGGGAAGAAAGAACCGGAAGAGGAUUUCUUUAGCCCUCAACCGGCCGUGCCACAAACCAGGGGAGGGACGUUGGACCGCGGACGGAAGCCCCGCAGGGACAAACGGAACGGAGGCGCUGGAGGAGCCGGAGCCGGUAAUAAAACUGAACGGCCGCUCUACAGCGGCGUCGUCACGGUCAACGGGCUCCGUCGCCACGGCAACGACCACCACCACGUCGCCAACGUCGACGAUGACGACGAGGACGUGAGCAGCGCCAGCGAGAGGUUGGCGGCGAGGUACUGCGCGGUGGACGGAGACCCCGGGAGCCCACGCAUGGGCGCCAGGCAUCACCAGUCGAGCCCAGAUCUGGCCAGGCAUUAUAAGUCAAGCUCGCCGCUCCCCGCGGUGCACCUCCAGCCCUACAGCCCCCCAGCCGAGGGGAAAAAGCACCAGGCUGUACAGGAGCUGCCCCCCUCUAACACCUUCGUGGGGUCUGGAGGGUCCAGUGGUAGUGGUGGAAGUGGGAACGCUGAUGCCAUGUCUCUGGGGUCAGACCAGUGUUCUGAGUAUGGAUCCCAAACGGGGAAUAAGUACAGCAAACAGGUAGGACUGAUUCAGUUAUUCUACUGACACAAACUGAACUGAGCUCAACUGGGCUGGCCUGGUUACCCAUCCACCACAGUUGACUGAUUAGUGGUGGUGAUAAUAGGACUGACUAGUGGUGGUGAUAAUAGGACUGACUGGUGAUAAUA